AUGAGCAGAGCACUGUUGCGCUCCGUGCUGGAGCUCCGGGCGGCGGCGCAGACGACGCCUCGCCGCCUCGCGCCGGCUUUCGUCACGUCGUCCUCGCCUUCGUCCUCGCCAAUCCUCAGUAGCCAGCCGCCGAGCAGCUGCUCAAGACGCGGCUUCAACUCGACGACGCCCAUCGUCGAGCCCGUCAACCAGCCUCACGUCAACAACGCGCCCAACCCCACCGAGAACCAGGUCCCCCCCCUCGCCUUCAAGAAGAGCCACCCCUCGCCGCCGCCCGCCGCCCCCGUCACCGGCGACUCGGUCCGCGCGCUCCUCCCGCUCCUCGCCGCCCAGCCCGGCGGCCACUACAUCACGGUGCACAUCCACGGCUUCCCCUACCUCGUGCAGGAGGGCGACCAGGUGCGCCUGCCGUUCCGCAUGCCCGGCGUGCUGCCCGGCGACGUGCUGCGCCUCAACCGCGCCAGCGUCCUCGGCAGCCGCGACUACACCCUCAAGGGCGCGCCGCACGUCGACGAGAGCCUCUUCGAGUGCCGCGCCACCGUCCUCGGCGUCGAGUCGGAGCCCCUUCGCAUCAAGGUCAAGACGAAGCGGAGGCAGCGCCGGAAGAAGCAGGCCAAGAGCAAGCACCGCUACACGAUACUGCGUAUCUCGGAGCUCACAAUUAAGACGGCCGAGGAGGUCGACGAGCCGAGCGUAUAG